GUGCCUGCCAGCUCCACAACAAUCCAUCAAUUCGUUCUUUGCAGCCUCUAUUGUUCCCAAUUUUAAACUAUCAUUAUCAUUCCCACGCCGAUCAUCUCCAAUAAUCUCCUGCCAAAACAUCUUCCACGUAUUACGGGCUUCUGACUGACAGAAGGUGCAAUGGAUGACGAUGAAAUUCGACUAGCAACGCCAACUGAGCAGACACCAUCAGAGUCUUCGAAAACACCGCGUGCUCAGGAAACAGCUCGCAACCCAGACUCAGAAGAGCCUACUCCCAAACCCAAUCCAGACCCACAUCAGUCCCUAAAGCGACCUCUGAGUGGUGAACCUCCGACACAACAUGAACCUGAACCAUACGGUGUCUGGCCUUAUUGCGUAUUACCACACCUUCACUGGCCAGUCGAUGAUGACCAAAAACCUCAAUGGUUAAGCGCGGCACAUGACAAUAUAGACCUGUUUACUGCGUCGAACAUCAUGAGAUUGUUUGAGCGGGACAUAAGGGAGCAUUUAGGCCCCGAGUUUGAGGUAGUCACUCGCCCGGUGGCAUUCACGUCAACUAGAGACCGCUGUUUCCGUUUGUUCGGACGAUACAUUUCGAGACGAGAUAACAGAAACGCGGAUCAAGUGCGCCAGUUUUGCCGCAGAGAGAAGCGGCCGUAUCAUGCAGCUCUCUUUGCUACGCGUCAAGGCCGCCAGGAGGGUUCACGUUGGCACUGGUGGGCAAUCGCUUCCAUCCGUCGCCCUGGUCAUACGGGCGAUCCUGACGAAAAACUACAUCUAUUUCUAUAUGAUUCGGAGCCUUUACAAAUAGAAGCAGAGCUGAACCCGGAAACCCAGGAGGGCGGUGGCUUGGAAAACUAUCUCCGAAAGGAUCAGUGUCUGAUGUUGCACAAGAUGAACCAGGAAGUUCCAAUCCAGCACCUUUUUGUCAAUCGAUUAGCACUGAAGAUUCACCACGAAUCCGACCUCUUGCGACAGACUUUGUGGUGGAUGUGGAAUAUAGUCAACAUCGGUAACAGGCCGUAUGGGACUGGGAGCGAAGACCUUGAUUCUCGAUGGAGGGUAAUCCACGCGGUUACCUUGGAGUUUCGAGAUGAUCCAAGGUACAAGGUGAGAAGGAUGUGGCGAAAAUUGAGAUUGAAGUCUGUAAAGCCGACCAUUAUCGGGCAGGGGGCAGGCGUUGGCGCGAGCAGUGCAGAGCAAGGCGUUGCCGGGAGCAGCAGAGACCAAGCGUGAUACUUCCAGUAGUAGAAUAGUUCUAGGUAGAGAC